AUGCUCCUUCAGAGCCCGGAAGUGAUGGAAUUCAAGCAAAAAACUCUCCCGUCAGCCAAAUAUUUCGAUGAUCAUUGUUUAUUGCACCUGAUACCUGGAGAAAAGGACGACCAAACUAUUUUUGAAAGAAUGAAGGAACUUGUUCGGAAGGCAAUGUGCACUGGUGUUCCUGUAUUUGUGUCUAAUCCAUCAAAGGAUCACGACCAAAGAGAAGUAGAGCAAAAUAAUCCUGAUUCGACGAGGAUUAGAUUGCCAAAAACACAAUCAAUGAUACCAGCACAGGCUUCGCAUGGUAGGACGUCAUGUGCGCUGCUGAGAUUACAUGAGCACGAAGGAGACGGUGAUCAGAACUAUUACAAAAGGAUGGUACUACCACGACGUCAAGUAGACGCCACCUUCGCUGGUGAGUAUGAGGUCGAUCUCCACACGAGUCACGCUACUGGGCGACUUCCCUGUCCAGUUGAUGACGCUGAUGGGUUAUUGGCGCAAAGGGCGGAGGCGAAGAAUGGCCAGACGAGAGCAAUUGAGUGGAAUUUGGCGCGCUCUGCAGCUCCGAAAAGGGUAUACAGGUCAGCGUCUGUGGACACUGCUCUCGCAUUGCAGAAGAAGACUCUGGAAACAGCACAAAGAAGAACGAGUCUAAAGGAGUGCCGCAGGGAUCUUCGCGAAUAUAAUAUUCCGCUAGCAACCUUGCUGAGCGAAGACGGGACUCGCACGUCUUCUCGUCGUGAGAUAGAAAUCAUUACGGAAAGGUUCUACUCGAACCUUUUCCGUUCAAUAACUCCUGUGUCAAGCUCGAUCAUCCCCACUGGUGACGCUCCACCACGGAUUCUCCCUUCGGAAGUACUAGUCGCUAUCAAGAGCAGGAAACCUGGCACAGCCCCCGGACCUGAUUUUACACCAGUAGACUUUCUUCGGGCUGCUGGCCAUCCACUUAAUCUUCAAGUCCACAUGUUAUGUUAG